AUGGGGAGGAAAGGAAAUUGGUUUUCUUCAGUAAAGAAGGCUCUGAGCCCCAAGUCCAAGGAGAGGAAAGAACAGAACUCAGAUAAACUAAAAGAGAAAUGGUCGGGAAAGCAAAAAUACCCGGAAUCCGAGUCUACCUCUUUUCAACCUGCCACAUUGCCACCUCGUCCUCAACCGGAAGAGGUGAAAUUGACCAAUGUGGAGAAUGAGCAGAAUAAUGAUGCUUACUCUGUUGCAGUUACCGCCACUACUGCAGUGGCUGAGCCUGCAGUUUAUGUGGCUCCUGCAACUCAAGCAGUUGCGCAGGUCGUCAGACUCCCUAGGAAUACUCAGUAUGCUGGAAAAUCAAGGGAGGAAGUGGCAGCAAUCAAGAUUCAAACGGCAUUUCGAGGAUACCUGGCGAGAAGAGCAUUGAGGGCUUUAAGAGGGCUGGUCAGGCUGAAGUCAUUGAUUGAGGGAUCUGUUGUUAAACGGCAAGCCACAAAUACCCUUCGAUGCAUGCAGACUCUAUCUCGUGUGCAAUCUCAGAUACGUUCCAGAAGGAUUAGGAUGUUGGAGGAGAAUCAAGCCCUCCAAAGGCAACUCCUACUAAAACAUGCAAAAGAGCUUGAGACUUUGCGGCUUGGGGAUGAAUGGGAUGAUAGCAUACAGUCAAAGGAGCAAGUUGAAGCAAACCUAUUAAGCAAGCACGAGGCAACAAUGAGAAGGGAAAGAGCACUUGCUUAUGCAUUCUCGCAUCAGAAAAACGGGAAGAAUUCUACGAAAUCUGUAAACCCAAUGUUCAUGGAUCCAAGCAAUCCCACCUGGGGUUGGAGCUGGUUGGAAAGGUGGAUGGCUGCCCGGCCUUGGGAGAGUCGUGUCAUAAUGGAUAAAGAAAUGCAGGACGACCAUGCAUCAGUAAAGAGUGCAAGUCGCAGUAUUUCUGCUGGAGAAAUUAACAAGUCUUAUGCUCGCUACCUCCUCAAUUCUGAUAAGCAGUCGCCAACAGCCAGUGAAAAGCCAAGCCAUCCUGGAUUCCGGUCCCCUUCAACUCCUUCCAGGUCAGCUUCCAAAGUAGCUCGAAAGUUAAAGCCAGCUGCAAGCCCAAGGGGUAGUAGGGUGCCGGAUGAUGACACAAAAAGCAUGGUGAGUGUGCAAUCAGCUCAGUUUAGGAGGCACAGCAUUGCUGGCUCAUCUGUGAGGGAUGAUGAGAGCCUUGAUAGUUCUCCAUCAAUUCCAAGUUACAUGGUACCAACUAAAUCUGCAAGAGCCAAGUCCAGGUUGCAAAGCCCAGCGGAGAAGAAUGGGAUCACUGAGAGGGACUUGCCCGAGUCUGCUAAGAAGCGGCUGUCCUUCCCAGCCUCCCCGGCUAGACCAAGGCGGCAUUCUGGUCCACCAAAGGUGGACAGCAGUAUAAUUACAGAAAACAAAGUGGCCAACAUUGGAGUGGAAAGUUAA